AUGGAGCGCGCCCAGGCUGCCCUGGGCGAGGCAGCCGCGGCGCUUGCAGCGGCGAGCGGGCCUUCCAGGGGCGCUGCAGAGCAGCUGCACUUCGGGAAGGUGCGCGCGCUCAUCGAAGGCCAGAGGUGGACGGCCACGGAGAAAGGGCAGCUGCUGACCCAGCUCGGGCAGACGGGGUUCAGUCACGAUUUGGUCGGCGCCGCGACCGAGUGGCUCUGCGGGAGGCGCGCGAAGGCCAAAGGGCAAAGUUACGAGUGCUUCGUGGAGUUGCUGACUGCCUCCACGUGGCACGUGCUGCUGAGCCCAACCGAGUCGUUCGCUUCGAAAUUUGUCAUGUUGAUGCGCCACUUGGAGCGCCUCGGGCUCCGGAACCCUUCCGAGCCGACGUUUGGCAUGCUAGCCGCGUUCAUGUUCCUGGCGUGCCAGCGAUCAGGCAUCGAGAAGAAUUCGCCGACUCCGCAGCUCUUGGACGUGUACUUGCAGUUGGUGAAGACCACGUGGCGUUCCCCUGCCUACACAGCUGCUCGAGGCAAGGCAACCGAGUUUGUCGGCGCGCUCUCCCCCUCGGCGGCGCUGUUCCAGCAGGAGAGGCCGACGCUGUACGAGCAGGCGUUCGCCUCGGAGGGGCCCGUGCAGCCGACAAUUGGGCUUCUCGAGACGCAG